AUUGUCUCCUCAUCACCUCAGACCCAAUCUUCAAGCGAUUCGGAUGCUCCACUUGUCACCUCAGUCGCAGGGAACAACCACGUGCCCGCUCCUCUCUGCUCUUCUCCUCACCCCACAGCACCUCGACCUGCGUGAUACGCUUCGAGGGACUAAGCGGGCGCCACAGGCCGUCGCUUCCUAGACGCGCUUCGCUCCCUUGCAAGUUCGCCGCCCAGCAUCACGAGGGGUCGCAAGCGAUCAAGCUUGGAGCAGUGGUGACGCCGGCGCAAAACGCUCGUUCACCAGCUUUAGUCUGACCAUCGCGGAUCACUACGCCAUUAGAGGAGCAAGACUGGGAUUAUUCUUCACUGCAAUCGCCACCACCCGCAUCCGCUCAAGCAAAGCUUUCACCACCUCUCUGAAGCGUCAGAGAUGAGCAUACCGAGCAGCGCAAGCAGCUCGAGGCGGCAGAUGGCCAAUCAGUCCACCAGGAGGCGGCGAACGCUCUUUUCACCAUCUCUAGCAGCUUCCCUCGCCAUACUCCUCGUCGCCUCCUGUUCCCGUUCCCUUGUUGCUGCUCGCAAGCAGUCUACCUCUUCCGACAGUUCCGGUCCAAGCGAUUCAGAUCCCGGCAUCUAUCCGGGCGGCAAAGAUGGCUUCACCGAUGGCUGGUCCGUACUCCCCAACGUCACUGGCGCAAGGUUGGACAUGGCCGGUCUCAGAGUAGGCGACGAUGCUGCUGCUCAAUCUGCUGAUUCAUCGGAUGGCGCAAUCACAACUACUACCACUCCCAUGCUUCCCUAUUACAUCACGGACAAGUAUGACUCCAACACUAUCAAGAGGGCUGUCAUCCAGAUUCAUGGUGAUAACAGAGAUGCUUGGAAUCAGUGGUUGUACGCCGACUUGGCUCUCGACCGCGCAGUGCAGGGAGGAACUGUUAAAAGGGAGGAAGUGGCGAUCAUGGCUCCGCAAUUUUUGACGACCAUCGAUUACUUGGCGUACGGGGCAAUUUCAGAGGCAGUGGCGCCCGCUUCGUCAUUGAUGGUAUGGAACGCCACGGCGGACGACUGGGGUGACGGUUUCCCACCCAUCUUUCCCGCUCGCUCCACGGUGGGAGCCUUUGAUGCGCUAGACUCCGCCUUGGACUUCUUUCUGGACAGACAAACCUUUCCCAACCUGGUCACCGUCGUCUUGGCUGGUUUCUCGAUGGGCGGUCAGUUGGUGCAGAGGUAUGCCAUGUUUCGCAACGAGGCGGACCAGGAGGACGAGGAGAGGAUACACUAUUGGAUCGGGGCACCUGCCAGCUUUGUGUACCUCAACGAUUCCAGACCAGAGACCGUUAGGAGAUGCAAAGAUUUCAAUGAGUACAAAUACGGUUUGGAAGGCACGCUGCCGCCCUACCUGGACGGUCGACCGAAAGCAGAAGACUUGGGACCGCGCUACGUCUCGCGCCGUACGAACUACCUGGUCGGCACUCGGGACAAGAUAGAUGGAGACCCCCGGUGUGAAGCAGACGCGCAAGGCCGGACGCACCUGAACAAGACGCGCUUUUGGGUUGAGGAUGUGGUCCCAUAUCUGCCCGGUGCGCCAGGCAACGGACAAUUGCCCGUCAAUUCGACCAUCGACUACGUGUCCAAGGUGUCGCAUCAAGAUUGGAGAGUCAUAGCUUCGGAUGCUGGUGUGCAGAGACUCUUCUUGGACGAUUACUCGGCUAUCGCCCCUGCGGCAGGCGACCAGUCCACUUCUGCUAGAGCUCCUCCAUCGAACGGAGACGGAAACGUCAGCCCGACAGAUAUCGAUAACGGCAAGGCAGACGAUGAUGGAGAUGGGAAGAAGAAUAACGGCGCCGGUCGGUCUGCACGAAAUUCUUCGCUUCGCUUGAUGCUCUCGAUCGCUUCAACGUCUGCUCUGCUUUGUGUCGCCACGCAAAUGGUCUUGUAAAGCCGCAAAUUGCCUGCUAAUGCACCUUCGUAUGCAGCACGGAUCGUUUCGUGAUAAUACAUCCAUCAAUCGUGAAUCGAAUCGGGAC